AUGACAAUUUGUGGAUAUUUAUUUUUAGGCUCAAGCAUUAUCUACUAUCGUUAUUUGCAGAUUUUUGAACUUUACCACCUAAGUGUGGAAUUUUUUCCGUGUGUGAAAAGAGGAUUCCACAUGUGAAGCCCUUUUGAUUUCACAUGUGGAAUCCUCUUUUCACACGCGGAAAAAAUUCCCACACUUAGGUGGUAAAGUUCAAAAAUCUGCAAAUAACGAUAUCUUUUUCUGAUCUCUCUUAUUAUUAAGCGUAAGAAAGAGCAGAAAUUGAAAAGUUUAAAAAAGGAGAAACAAAUUGAAGUUACCCUAUCAAGUGAAGCUACAGCAAGAGGAGAAGAAACUAUUCCAACAUUUGUUGAUGAGGGUUCUGCUGAUAAUUCCCCUCAGCGAAAGCCAAAAUAUAAAGGGAAAAAAACUCUUACAAUUGAAAUUCCUGCUGAUGAUGAAGAAACGACACCAGAAGUUAGAAUCUUACCAACGCUUUGAAGUGUAUUUUCAAGGUUUUUUUCUGUAAAAAUUACUUACUUCCACCCUCAGUGAUAUACCCAAAUUUGUUUGCCAAUUCAUAGAAAGGGUUAUAUCAUUUUUUAGAAAUAAUUUUUAUAAUAAAAAAAAACUUUGUAGGUUAAUUAUUUUCCUAUUUACUAUAUAAAAUAGAAAGCGGACUAAAUACAAAAGUUUCUAUUGGAUAUAAUAAAACAUUUUCGAAUUUAAAAAAUUGCCAAUUUAUUAAAUUUAUGUUAAAAUCGGAAACUAUUUUUAAAAAUUUUAGAAGCAAGAGGCUAUUUAUAAUAAUUAUUACUUAUAUAUCAAAAAAUUGUCUGUUGGGCCUUUUGGGGACGAGCAACUAGUCAUUUUAUACUGAAAAUCUUUUUUGCUCAUCUUGGGUAAUUUCUCAAAAAAUAGGAUUUUCAAUUGUUUUGGUCGCUAGAGGAAAAUGUGGGAGUUAGGAGCAAUGCUUUCCCUUGUCUAUUUUUCAAAAAGAAAAAGAGACUUUUAUAAAAUCUUCAAGACUUGCAGUAUGAUAUAUGACAUUUUCUAUAGAGUGUCUGAUUUUAUUUAUAUUUGCAGACCAGGAACUAUUUAAGGUAAAUUCAAGAUAUUUUUUAUAUCCUUUUUUAUCAUGCUUGAUCUGCCUCCCAGUCUCGAUUUUAUGGACUCUAGGCUUCAGAUCUUCUGUAAUAAAUAAUUAGCAAAGCAAAUCAACCAAGAUCCUCAUGAAUAUUUUUCACUUUUUGGGUUUUGUAGUCGUAGUAUUGAUUGAAUAUUAUAGCUUUACUAUAGAUGUAUUUUAUAGAUAGAUUGAUGAUGAAGGCUUGCCAUAUUUUUGAAUCAUUUUAAUAUUUUUGGAAUUAUUUGUUAUAGAGCCCCUUAGAACAUCUUUGAAAUAUGUUGGUUUGGGCUUUUCAAGAUAUAAGAAAAACUGUGAAGAAUUUUGCCUCACUUUAUAA